CAGCAUCACUCUCAAACGGUUUUCUACUUAUUCUAGGAACGAUUCCUAUCAAUUUUGAAUUUAUCAUCCCUCAGCAUGGCAGGAAAAUUGGCUACUGACUACCCAGCUUGGGCCGAACUUCAGUCUCUUUACGAUCAAAAGAAGUCGAACCUCGUGCUCUCUCAGCUCUUUUCUCAAGACCCCCAGCGCUUCAAUUCCUUUUCGACCAAGUUUGAAAGCCCAAGCACCGAUACGACCCUUCUAUUGGAUUAUUCCAAAAAUUUGAUCGAUAAUCAUGUUUGGGAGAAACUUCUUGAACUCGCUCGCCAAGCUGGUGUGGAAAAGUCUCGUGAUGAGAUGUUUUCAGGACAGCACAUCAACACCAGUGAAGGCCGUGCUGUUCUCCACGUUGCCCUUCGCGAUACUAGCGGCAAGAAGUACGGUGGGGCAGAGGAAGGUGUUAGCGAGGUUCACCAAGUCUUGGAGCACGUACGCGAAUUCAGCGAGGCAGUACGAAGCGGAUCUCACAAAGGAUAUACUGGUAAAUCGAUUGACACUGUUGUCAACAUCGGCAUCGGAGGCUCCGAUCUCGGACCAGUUAUGGUCACCGAAGCAUUGGCGUAUUACGCUGGUCAAGACCGGCCGAUCACUCCGUACUUUUGCAGCAACAUCGACGGAACUCAUCUGGCCGAAAUCUUGAGGAAAUGUAACCCUGAAACCACCUUAUUUAUCGUGGCCAGUAAGACUUUUACCACUCAGGAGACAUUGACCAACGCUACCAGUGCAAAAGAUUGGUUUCUAGCCUCAGCCAAGGAUAAAGCUCAUGUCGCAAAGCACUUUGUUGCUUUGUCUACCAAUACGAAGGCGGUGACCGAAUUUGGCAUUGCGAAGGAAAAUAUGUUCAAGUUUUGGGAUUGGGUUGGUGGACGUUAUAGUCUCUGGAGCGCCAUCGGAUUGAGUAUCGCGCUUUAUAUUGGCUAUGAUAAUUUCAAAGCUGUUCUAGACGGUGCCCAUGCCAUGGACAAUCAUUUCAAGGAAGCCCCUUUGGAGAAGAACGUACCUGUGAUUUUAGCCAUGUUGGGAAUAUGGUACAAUAACUUUUAUGGCGCUCAGACCCAUGCUCUUCUGCCUUACGAUCAGUACCUACACAAGUUUGCCGAUUAUUUUCAACAGGGUGAUAUGGAGAGCAACGGCAAGUAUGUCACCAAAGACGGGCGCAAAGUGACCUAUCAGACUGGACCGAUCAUAUGGGGACAGUCCGGCACCAACGGCCAACAUGCCUUCUAUCAACUCAUUCAUCAAGGCACGAAACUUAUCCCUUGUGACUUCCUGGCCCCGGUAGAAACGCUCAACCCUAUCAGUAAGGGUCGCCACCACGAGAUCCUGCUUUCUAACUUUUUUGCUCAGCCAGAGGCCUUGGCCUUUGGAAAAGACGAAGCUGCUGUAAGACAAGAACUUGGGCCGGAGGCGAACAACGAGGCUUUAACAAAGAGCAAAGUCUUUGAAGGCAACAAGCCUACAAAUUCGAUCAUGUUUCAGAAACUCACUCCUGGAACCUUAGGAGCUCUGCUAGCGAUGUAUGAGCACAAGAUCUUUGUACAAGGAGCCAUUUGGGGUAUCAAUUCAUUCGACCAAAUGGGGGUGGAACUAGGCAAAGUCUUAGCCAAAAGGAUAUUAUCGCAGCUUGCGAACCCCAGUGAUGUCAAGGGACAUGAUUCUUCCACCGAAGGUCUGAUCAAGUAUUAUCAAGAAAAUCGUUUGUAGAUAGGUUAUUUGUAGUUUCAAAGAAGCAUGUAAGGUGUACGCUAUCCUCAAUAUUUAUAUAUUUAUAUGUUUGGCUCCUGUUC